AUGUCCUCUUCAAGUGAUGUUACGCUAGCCUCUACCGUCCUCGGCACGAUUGGAACCGUCUUCUGGUGCAUCCAGCUGAUUCCCCAGGUUUGGUACAACUGGAGGCAGAAGAAAACAGAGGGACUCCCAGCAGCGAUGGGGCUUUUAUGGGCUGCAUGUGCUGUGCCCAUGGGUGUUUAUUUGAUUUUACAGUCAAUACAGUACCUGCAAGGCAGUAUUGAUUUGUUGCGGUCUUCUAGCGAUCCUGGGUGGACUGGAAGCACUUUUGAUCCUGACUUUAAGGAUAUUCUCGUUGGCGCGGUUGCGACAGUUCUUCUCGCGGCGGGCUUGAUACCGAUAUACUUUGAACUAUGGAAAAGACAAGGCCGUGUGAUUGGACUCAAUUGGGUGUUUCUGUCAAUCGACACCCUAGGGGGAUUGUUUUCUCUUUUCGCGCUCGCGGCACAAGGCACAUUUGACAUUCUUGGUGGGAUAAUGUAUAUUGUUGUCGUAUUGCUUGAGAUGGGAAUUUAUCUCAGCCACAUCAUAUGGCGAAUUCGCUUUCGUGGGGCUCGCAAAGAAGCGAAGGCCUCUGGGAGAAGCCUUGAAGAUGUUCUUGAAGACUGCUGUGCG